CAGUGCAAUACCAACUAGAUACAUCAGAAACACCGUGUUAUUAAUCAACUUUGAGACAGAAGCAGUUCAGCCUUUAUCAACUUCUGCCAACUUGGAGACUCCCUGUUACGCUGAGAAUGGGUUCCUACACAUGCCGCUGGUCACGUGUCAAGCGUCGCCUGUGUUUCGUGGACGCCCCUAGUGCAUCUCGGGCCAGCAAGCGAUAUGACUUCGUUCCGCUGGUUGAGCUAGAGCAACCCUUCACCUCUCCCCCACACACCACUCCUACAUCAGUGCGCGUUAGAAAGUUCUUCUCGGCUGCCGACAAGAGCCGCCUGCUACAGGAAUACGAGAGUAACAUUCACCCGAAUAAAGAGCAGCGUACACGACUCGCGCAAGAACUACGGACAAAAGAGAAGCGAAUCCGGACUUGGUUUGCUAACAAGAGAGCCAGGGAUCGUCGAAACAGGAACAAACUCUUCAUUACGAUGCUGCGCGAUAUUCGAAAAGCCGACGAGCGACAGCGGUGGGCUCACAAACGUGCUCUCAGGGAAUCUCUCGAUCAAUCAGUAACUGCCACGUCACUGUACCAGCCAUUCGGGACAUCUCUGAACCAAUCCUUAGCUGCCACGUCACUCGAGGCAUCUCUCAGCCAAUCAGUAACAGCCACACCCCUCUACCAGCCCUUGACUCAGUCCCUCCCGUCCAACAAUCUGCACCAGUCUCAUCACGAAGACAGCUUUCUUGAUCAGCAAUUUGCUGAUCAGUCACCAUGGCAACCGACCCCUGAAAGCUGUAUCGAGUACACGCAGCCUUUUCCUGAUAAAAGCUUCAAGACGACUGGUUCCCAUGGCAACAACAUGUCUGUAGAUUAUAGCUGGCUGAUCUCUAUGGUAACACCGGGAUUAUACGAUAUCUCUCCAAGUGCUGGAUGUCACUAAAAGUGCACGAAAAUAUGAUUAUAAUUAUAUAGUUAUUCACAUCAUGUAUAUAUAGCCCCUAUUCAAGAUAUCAUCAUUUCAAUUGUAUUAGUAGAUUUCAAAAUAAAAUAAAACAUGCAAUGUCAAAA